AGCAAACCUCCACCCUGCUCGACGACGCUCUCCUCCGCCGCCUACUUGUGCCUGUCGCAUCGCAUCAGCAUCAACGACCGACUCGGUGGCGCUCACACAGAUAACUGCAUAGAUUACACGUGUCUGACACGUCCUCGCGCGUCGGAUGGGCCAAGCGACCUUGAUCGAGGCAGGCUCUGUUGCCUGCUAAGUUCGCGGCCGCUGGCCACCCUUGCCGCGCCCUUCGCUCGCUCACGACCUCUCGCCGCCGCGAUAGAACCGCCACGGCAAGAUCCCGGCAACAUGGCGCAGCCUCAGCACCAGGCGCCGCCCCCGCGUGCCUUCUCGCCUCCGCAGCACUCGCCAUCACCGGCCGCCGGUACCCCGUCGGCGUUCGCCUUGCCCCCGAACAAGCGUGUCCGGACCGAUGGCCCGCCGUCUCAGCCCGGGUCGCCGUACGCGCCCUCGCCAUUUGCUGCGAGCCCCGGCGCUGCUGGCACGCCUCCGAUGACGGCCGCGUCACCUACGUUCUCGGCGACUCCUCCGCUGUCUGCCACAUACGCGACGCCAUAUACCAACGGCGCCGCGACGCCGGGCCUGAACCUGCCUGAUGGUCGCGCAAGCAGCGCCACGCCCGUACAGAUGCCACAUGCCGCGCCUCCGCAGAUGGCUCAGCCUCAGUAUACCAACGCCAUGAUGACUCCCAUCCAGCAGGCGGUCGCGUCUCCCGCCCCGUCCGCGAACGUUAUGGGCCCUCCACAGCGCCCUGCGGAUAGACCCACGAAAGAUUAUGAAUACGACGUCACGGAUUCGUUGGCCGGGACGGGAAUCGAUUUGCGCGCCGAGGAGCAGUACAUGUCCGACUUGUACUCGAAUGCGCUAGACUCCAAUACGGCCGACGCCAGGACGGGACUGGCCUACAACCAAGCCGGUUCGAAGUCGACUUUCUACGGCGCAGGGCCCGCCAAUCAGCCCGCCGAGCCGACGUCUACGUCCAACCAGGAUGAGCUCGCCGCAAAGGCCGCCGAGCGAGCCUGGGCUGAGUCGUCAAUGCGGCUGGCCGUGCAAAGGACCCAGGAAAUUAAUGACCCUUUCCUGUUGGUGGCUCUGCUCCAUCAGCGCGCGGACAAGAUUGCCCGAGAGCAUGGCAUCGGCCUCAACCUGGAGAUGAAAAACCCGCAGCCUAUGGGCAAGAUGAGGCUGCCAGAACAGUUCCCCCAGCCGCAAGUCACUGUCCGCAUGGAGCCAGGCCCCGACUCGGCCAUGGUCCAAACGACCGGCUCCUACAUUCCGCAGGAAUCGUUCCUCGUCGAUCAGCUCGCCCUUACGUCGAUUGCGACAAAGCACAGGUUACGCGGCCUUGUGGAAGAGGCUUGCGUGAUUGCCAUUCAUCGGCAAAAGACAUCCCACGGAGACGUGCCCAAAGAGUGGGAGUCUGCAGCUGCACCCAUGAACGCCGAGGUCUUGGAGCCCAUGCACGAGCCAGGUGAACCCAUGGAUAUGGACUGUGCCGAAGACCCUGGCACGAACCCGUUGAAGCGGUCCGCCGAUGCAGCGAUGCUGGGCGAUGGCGCGUCUCCACCACCCGUGAAGAAGCUCCCCAAGAUCGGAGGAUCCAAUGCCACGGUACCGAUGAGAGAGCGAGCCAGGCAGGACCGCGAGUGGGAAGAGGCUCGGCUUCGAAAACGCCAGCGCCGCAAAGAUGGCGGUCCAGAUGGGACUGCGACGCCGACACGAGCAGGCAGCGUGGCUCCCGCAACACCUGGAUCGGUCGCGCCGGAACCGGAGAAGGCGAUGACCAAGAAGGAGAUGAAGAAGAACCAAGCCUUGAAGGCAGCGGAAGCCAACAGCCACGCCAACCAGAACUUGACCAGCAGCAUGUUUGCAGGUCUCGGCGGCAAAGGUGGCUUAUUCGGGAAGAAGAAGACGGGCAAGACAUACGACUGGAUGAAUGUCGGCCGAAGCGGCAGUGGCGCAAGCACCCCUACUCGGCCAACGCCCGGGCCCAAGGGCGCGAGCGGGAUGCCUGGCACGCCGUCCGGAGCCAACCACCCCCUCACGACCGAAGGCCGCAAUCGACUCGGCACGUGGCGUGAAGACAAGGAGAAGGGCAAGAACAUCCAACUGCGAGACUGGGUUGUGGUCCUCGAGAGAGACGGGCGAGAAUCCAAGGCCCUGUCAACAGCCCAUUCGCAGCUGGACGCCUCUCUCCCAAGAUAAUUUAGAAGCACGGACCAGAAAAUUGGAUGACGACGGUGCCGCUACCACCACGUGGAAAAGGGGAUACCAGGUGUGGGCAUGGGAGACGGGGGGCUUGCGGGAGAUACCCAUCGCCGUGCAUUGGUCUUUUGAUUUGAUUGUGAUUUUCGUUAGCCCGGCGUUAUACCAGGACAAGGUUGAAGUGGCUGUUUUUCGACAGCUUGGGCGACAUGUCGAGCUCAUGAUGGGAACAGGGGCACGUGGAUCAACGCCUACGCGAGUGAGAGAGGGCGAGAGAGCGCUGGUGUCAGCUUCGGAACGGAGUAGCUGGCGCCUCACAAUACCUAGUCGAGUCGAGGGCUAGGAACCCGCGAGGAAAACGUCAUACAACUAUUAAGAUAU